AUCAACACAUGGCAUUAUGCGCAGUCAUCACUCUGAGUCGCCACUGCCGCUCUCCAUAUUUGCAUAUUUCCAGAGCCCCCAAAUCGCCAUUUUAUUGCAGAAGACGAGCUUCGACGAUUGCAAUGUCUUCCGCUUCAGAAACCAAACUCACGGCUCCCUAUGGUUCUUGGAAGUCCCCUAUCACCGCCGACGUCGUUUCGGGCUCCGAAAAACGACUCGGCGGCUUCUCCACAGACUCUCUUGGCCGCCUCUACUGGCUCGAAUCCAGGCCUGCUGAGUCUGGAAGAAAUGUGUUGGUAAGACAAGCGGACAGUGAAAAUGAUGAACCGACUGAUAUUACACCGAAAGAUUUUGCAGUGAGGACUGUGGCACAAGAAUAUGGUGGAGGGGCUUUUAGCAUUUCAGGGGACUUUAUUAUCUUUUCAAAUUAUAGGGAUCAAAGACUCUACAAGCAGUCGAUUUCAUCCAAAGAUUCAGCUCCUGUACCACUCACACCAGACUAUAAUGGACCACAUGUGUGCUAUGCUGAUGGAGUAUUUGAUUUUCGAUUAAAUUGCUAUCUGACAGUAAGAGAAGAUCGCCGUGAAAGUAGUACAAAUUCCAUCACAACAAUUGUAUCUGUUGAUCUCCACGGAAAUGGUAUAAAAGAACCCAAGAUAUUGGUUGAAGGCAAUGACUUCUAUGCUUUUCCACGGAUUGACCACAAAGGAGAACGAAUGGCGUGGAUUGAAUGGAGCCACCCCAACAUGCCAUGGGAUAAGUCUGAGCUUUGGGUUGGAUAUAUAUCUGAGAAUGGGGACAUAAAGGAAAAGAUUUGUGUAGCUGGUGGCAAUCCUUCAAUUGUGGAAUCAGUAAGCGAACCUAAGUGGUCACCGGAAGGAGAACUUUUCUUUGUAAGUGACAGAAAAAGUGGAUUUUGGAAUAUUUACAAAUGGGUGGAAUCCACAAAUGAAGUAUUGCCAGUCUAUACUUUAAAUGCGGAGUUCACUAAACCUCUAUGGGUUUUUGGUUUGAACUCGUACGACUUUCUGCAGAAACCUGAUAAAAAGAACUUAAUUUCUUGCAGCUAUAGGAUGAAUGGGAGGUCAUAUCUUGGAAUUGUGGAUGUGAUGCAGAGCAAAUUCUUGCCACUUGAUAUCCCUUUCACUGAUAUAAAUAAUAUACAAUCUGGACUUGACUGCCUGUAUGUUGAAGGGGCUUCUGCUAGUCAUCCUCUAUCAAUAGCUAAGGUGAUAUUGGAUGAUCAGAAGUCUAAAGCAGUUGAUCUUAAGAUUAUUUGGUCGUCCUCUUAUAUAAGUCCACCCAUUCAAUCAUACAUUAGCACACCAGAGCUGAUAGAGUUCCCUACUGAAGUCCCCGGUCAAAGCGCGUAUGCAUACUUUUACCCCCCAACCAAUCCUCUAUACCAAGCUACACAGGAGGAGCGACCGCCACUGCUGUUAAAGAGCCAUGGUGGCCCAACUGCUGAGACUCGUGGCAUUUUAAAUCUCAGCAUCCAAUAUUGGACCAGCCGUGGAUGGGCUUUUGUUGAUGUUAAUUACGGCGGAAGCACUGGUUAUGGUCGUGAAUAUCGAGAUCGGCUCCUUGGCCGCUGGGGAAUCACUGAUGUGAAUGACUGCUGUAGCUGCGCCAAGUUCUUGGUUGACAGUGGAAAAGUCGAUGGUGAAAGAUUAUGCAUCACUGGAGGUUCUGCUGGUGGAUACACAACCCUAGCUGCACUUGCAUUUAAAGACACAUUCAAAGCAGGGGCAUCUCUGUAUGGAGUGGCUGACGUGAAAUCACUCAAGGCCGACACACACAAGUUUGAAUCCCACUAUAUGGAUAAUCUCAUGGGGGAUGAGAAAGCUUACUUUGAGAGAUCACCUAUCAAUUUCGUGGGCCAGUUUUCCUGCCCUAUGAUUCUGUUUCAAGGUUUAGAAGACAAGGUUGUUCCCCCUGAUCAAGCUCGUAAGAUCUACCACGCAUUGAAGGAAAAGGGCGUCCCAGUCGCUCUUGUGGAGUACGAAGGGGAACAACAUGGUUUCCGCAAGGCGGAGAAUAUCAAGUACACUCUUGAACAGCAGAUGGUGUUCUUUGCCCGUUUGGUCGGGAAGCAUACAGUUGCAGACGACAUUAUUCCCAUUAAAGUCGAUAACCUAGACUGAGAGGGGACUGAUUAAGAGUAAUGGAUGGAGAAGUUAAGGUCAUACUUUGAACUUUUUUACAGCUACUUGCAUCUACUCUUCAUGAGUAUCUUGACUUAGAAUGUAAUGGUGAAAUUCGAAUAUUAUGUAACCUCAUGGUCAGCUGUAUGAGUUAUACUUUUAAUGUUUGUUUUAUUUGGUCA